AUGGAAGACUUGGGUAAAAUACCUAAAUACCCUAAAGGCUAUAAAAAACUUUGGCCUAAUGAAGAAAGAGCCCUAAAUUCGCUAGCCCAGAAUCCAUCCUUGGUCAUAAGGCAGGCGGAUAAGGGUGGCGGUAUAGUCCUCCAAGACUAUACCGACUAUGUCAGUGAAGCAAGAAAAAUCAUUCACAAUAGUGAGUACUAUAGGAAAUUAGACACAGAUCCAACAAAGGGGACUAUAGAAGAGGCACAACUGUUUACAACAUAUCUGAAUGAUAAUGAGAUGGGCAUUCAGUUCACCUCCAAUGUACAGCCAGAUACUAUUGAAUAUUUGGAUUUGACUUUGACUUGGGAUAAGGACUAUAAUGCUUCUUGUGGAGCUGACAAUGUCCUUGAAGGUGCCAUAGUGCCAGGCAAAUAUAAAGCACAAGGACGAAGACAAGCACUAGGAGACAUUUGUAAUAGAGUUGUACCAGGCAGGCCUCCUGGUAUUAUGAACUGCAAAGUCAAGCAAGCUGCUUCCAAAGCAAAUCCACAUACAAGAAUGAAGCCACCAGUUGCCCCAAAAGUGCGCAAAGAACAGCCUGUACCAGAGCCACCAACUAUUCCUAUGGAUGUGAGCAUGAAAGAGGAGCAGCUGUGCCAAGCCUUUUCUAAUAUAUUGCACAAUGUGGAGGAUAUUGAUGCUAAAGAUAUCUGCAACCCUCAGGAUUGCAGUGAAUAUGUGAAGGAUAUCUAUUCUUAUUUAAAGCAACUAGAGAUCCAACAGGCUGUGUGCCCAAAAUACCUUAAGGGAAUGGAAGUGACUGCUCGUAUGCGAGCCAUUCUAGUUGACUGGUUAAUCCAAGUCCACUCCAGAUUUCAACUCCUUCAAGAGACUCUGUACAUGGGCAUCGCAAUUAUGGAUCGCUUUUUGCAGGUACAGCCUAUUUCCAAAAACAAGCUACAGUUAGUUGGAGUUACGUCAUUAUUUUUGGCUUCAAAAUACGAAGAGUUGUAUUGUCCAGAAAUUUCAGACUUUGUGUAUAUCACAGAUAACUCCUAUUCUAAAAAUCAGAUCAGACAGAUGGAAAUGCUGAUUCUCAAGGAGCUCAACUUUGACUUGGGAAGGCCACUUCCACUUCACUUUCUAAGAAGAGCAUCAAAGUGUUGUAGUGCAGAUGCUGAGCAGCACACUCUUGCAAAAUACCUGAUGGAAUUGACAUUACUAGACUAUGACAUGGUACACUUCCGCCCUUCAGAAAUAGCUGCUGCUGCCCUCUGCUUGACACAAAAGAUCCUUAAUAAAGGCACAUGGGACCUGAAGCUGCAGUUUUACACUGGAUAUGCACACGAAGACCUUGUCCUUAUCAUGCAACAUAUGGCUAAGAAUAUUUUUAAAGUAAACAACAAUCUGACAAAAACUUUUUCUGUGAAGAACAAAUAUGCCAGCAGUAAAUUACUGAGGAUCAGCAGUAUACCCCAGCUAUCAUCACCUGUCUUAAGUACCCUGGCUGUCCCUGUGAUGGGGGAAUUAUAG